AGGAGGUGGCAGACAGGAGGAGAGAGCUGUCAUCUCUGGCUGCCUCUGGGGAGUUGGAAAACUACUCUUUUGCCUGGAUGGACUGUUGAGAAAUAAAGAAGAAGGAGCUAAACAAUCUACAUAGAUGUUUGUAGUAUUGGAUUUUCAAAAAAGGAAAAUUACAGAUACGCUUGUAGUGUAACUGACCCUGUUUUUUGGCACAAACGGCACCUCGUUCUCUCCCGCUCUCUUCUUUCUCGCUUCCCAUUCAGUAAGGACCACAAGGAGCUGCUAUUGAAAAUUGUUCCAAAAGAUUUCGAAUGCGAGUCACUUCUUCUCAUUGACUUCCAGCAGCGCUCAGUCUACCAGCUACCUCCCACAGAGUGGCUGACUCACGACUCUCUGCCAGUGGCCAUGUCUGACUUUCUCUCUCGCUACACCUCUGGCGCCCUUCCACCCACCAGUCACCUGACAGAUUGGACUUGGCCACCUCUACAACCUCCCAUCUACUUCCCAAGUGCCAGAAGAGGCCAAAAGGAUAUUGGGGGCACAUCUCCACCCUUUCCCCCUCUCCCCACUAUCACACCCCAUAUCUUCCCCCAAGCCAAGGACUCAUCCUUUGCCCCUCCUCAGCCGCAUGCUCACACUGAGCUGUAAUGACUGCCGUUUUAGUGUAUUUUUAGCAGUUGAUUUCAACAGAUAGGUUCGAUUUUACUGCAGGUCAUUGGCAAGCAGGAGCAAGCGAUAUACGUUACACUGAACGACAGCCGAAUAAACGUG